GAUUGGCGCUAUGGGCUGGUUCGAGCGGCAUGCUCGCCAUCCAUGAAGAGCGGUGUCUACGUCGUGUCCGCGUGGUUUGACCGAGUCACAGGAAGCAUCGCCGGAGCUCAUUGUGAAUGCGUUGCAGGACUGAGCGAAACAUGUCAACACGUGGCUGGACUGCUGUUUGCUGCUGUGGAAGCGGGACCAAAGGGGCCAGGCGAGCAAGCUUCGCGCACAGACUUCCUGUGCAAGUGGAUUGUUCCAGGAGAAGCAAAGAAGAAGCCAGCACCGAGGCUGCCAUUGGAGGACAUUUCUUUCCGAAAGCAUCUAAUCAACAAGCCUGCACGGUCCAAGGUGAAGCGAAACUACAGCCCUUCAAAGCCAAAGACAACGCCGAGUGAAGAUACAAUGUCAUUCAAAAAAAGACUUGCCAGUGCUUGCCGAACACUGCAGGCACUGCGUUACAUAUGUCCGUCAGUUGAAGUGGUCCCAAAGGACAUUGAAGAAAAAAGUAUAAUUGGUGACAGUGUUCACCAGCGGAGCGAUAUAGCUAAUGAAGAAAUGAACAGCUACUUAAAGUCGCUCGCAGCUCUCAGUGAGGAGGAGAGAGUGAAAGUUUGUAAGGAGAGUAUUGGUCAGGCCGAAAACAAACACUGGCAUCAAGCGCGCACUAUCCUAAUUAGAGCAUCGUUACUUAAGCGAGCAUGCCGGUGUACAAAGCCUGAGGGGCUGUUGAAAAGCAUUCGGUACCCAUGUGAAAAUGCUAAAUCUGAGGCAAUUGCGUGCGGAAGAGCGCAUGAAAAAGAUGCCGUUGCAAUUUACGAGUUACUCAAGAAAUGCACAGACGAUGAUGUCGCUGUCGAAGAGACUGGUCUGCAUAUACACAAGUACAUGCCAUUGCUAGGAGCGUCGCCAGACAGGGUUGUAACCAUCAAUGGUGUGCAAGGCUUGCUCGAAGUCAAGUGCCCCCUAUCUAAGAGAGGGCUCACUGCUUACGAAGCAUGUGCAGAUAGAAACUUCUGCUGCAAGUUAGAAGAUGGUGAAGUGGUCCUUAAGAAGGACCAUGCUUAUUUUUAUCAGGUACAGGGCCAGAUGGCCGUUAGUGAGCACACAUGGUGCGACUACGUGAUAUGGACAGAGAGUGAGAAGCCAGGUAAACUGGACAACAUUCAUGUGCAAUGAAUUUAUUUUGAUGAGCACAUCUUGG